GCGCCGCCGCCGCCGGCAGAGCUGGUGCGGGCGGGCCGGAGCGCGCCAUGCGGGGGCAGCUGGAGCGGUGCCGGAGCGAGUGGCAGGAGCUGGAGGAGGAGUUCCAGCAGCUCCAGGAAACUCACAAAGUUUAUAGGCAGAAACUUGAAGAAGUCACCAGCUUGCAGACAGCCUGCAGCAGCUCCAUACAGAAACAGAAGAAGACGUUAAAAGAUUUGAAGUACCGCCUGCAACGGUGCAAACCCAGAGCUAGUCCUGAAGAAUUUGUUCUCAUACAGCAAAUCAGCAGCCAGAUCAAAGAGAGGCAAAAUGUUUUCUUUGACAUGGAAGCCUACUUGCCAAAGAAGAAUGGUUUGUACUUAAAUCUGGUGCUGGGAAAUGUGAAUGUAACUCUUCUGAGUAACCAAGCAAAGUUUGCCUACAAAGACGAAUAUGAAAAGUUCAAACUUUAUCUGACAAUAAUCUUGUUACUUGGGGCUCUGGCCUGCAGGUUUAUUCUGAACUACAGGGUGACAGAUGAAGUGUUUAACUUUCUAUUAGUGUGGUAUUACUGCACGCUGACGAUACGGGAAAGCAUUCUCAUUAGCAAUGGAUCAAGGAUCAAAGGCUGGUGGGUGUCUCAUCACUAUGUCUCCACGUUUUUGUCUGGGGUGAUGUUAACAUGGCCAGAUGGACUCAUGUAUCAAAUGUUUCGCAGUCAAUUUUUAGCGUUUUCAAUAUUUCAGAGUUGUGUUCAAUUCCUCCAAUAUUACUAUCAGAGGGGUUGUCUAUAUAGACUCCGUGCUUUGGGAGAGAGAAACCACUUGGACCUUACAGUGGAAGGAUUUCAGUCCUGGAUGUGGCGGGGGCUGACGUUCCUCCUUCCCUUCUUGUUCUUUGGGCAUUUCUGGCAGCUGUAUAAUGCAAUCACACUUUUUGGAUUGUCAAGACAUAAGGAAUGCAAAGAAUGGCAGGUUUUUGUGUUGGCUUUGACAUUUCUGCUGCUCUUUCUCGGGAACUUCCUCACAACUCUCAAAGUGGUGCACACUAAAUUCCAGAAAAACAAAGACAAAAUGAAGAAGCUGUGAACCAACGGCCACGUGAAGGAUGCUGACGUGAGAGCUCAUCUUCCCUCCGCCUGCAGCAGGCGCUUGGUGUUCGGACUGAACCUGUUGAACUGCAGCUGCACUGUGAAGAGGUCCUGGAAGGAAUCGUCCGUGUUUGGCGAAGGAUAUGAACCCUUCCAGCACAGACUCAGUAUUAUGCAAGCAUGGCUCUCCAGUCCACAGUUCUGCUAUUUAUGUGUAUUUAAUACAAAACAUGUUUGCUUUUGGUUUUUCUGUAUAUACAGCAGCAUGCACCUGCCAGAGGGAGUGCCAGUAUUGCGAGAAUGUGGGAUCUACUGUAAUUCCAGUUUUGGAAUGAUCUCUCAUGCUUUCCUCUCCAGUUUUAUUAUUUAAAUUCUGGGUAUUGGAUUUGCAAAGCUUUAUAAAACGCUCAAGGUCGAUCAGUAAUACAGACCAAAUGCUGUUUUUAAAGGCAUUUGUUUAAGGCAUAUUUUCAGUGGCAAUAUUAACCUGUGUAUACGGGGGAGGGGGGGAACCCACCAUCUUUGAACCAUACUGCUGCUAUUUACACUUUUAAAAAAGCUAUUUAAUGAGGAGAAAUUCUCUAAAAACAACAACAAAAAACAGCAAGCAAAACUAUUAAAUGGCAAGGAAAUCUGUCAGCUCACUUUCAGAAAGACCAAGUAAUCUGUCCAGGUCUGGAAAAGACUUGAAAUAGGUCAUAUAAUGUGCAGCUGGUUUGGCCCCUUUUUAGUAACAAACACACUGCCCUUUGGGUUGGAAUACUGAUUUUUUGAGACUCUGCUUGUCCUGAGAAUGGCUCUGAUCAUUGGCAUUAGGUCCAGUAGCCACUGCCUUUCAGUUCCUGCUUUCAAUAUUUUUUGCUCCCAGUGCCAUUCUGGAAAGGUGGUGAAGACAGACUAAGCAUAAGUAUUAAAUACUUCCUUUAGAUACUGUGCUUUUGCUGUUGUGGGAUAUCAAGUUGGCCAGAGUUAAGAGAAGGUAAACACUGGCUGAGGAAAAAAACCACUCAUCCUUAACUCCUUGUGCUUCUUGAACUUAAAUUUACUCACUCAAAUACAGUUCGUUCAGAUGUUUUAACAUCUAUACCUCCUAAACUCAGUUUCAGUAUGGUGAGCUGCUUUAUGCAGCGUAUUUCUCAACUUCAAAAAAUAGUUCUUUGUGCUAGCACAAUGUCUGGAUUGGGCAAAUGGCUUUGGUGAACACGAUUGGAAAGUUCUGCCCUUCUCCCAGUAAGAGUGCUCACAAAGAAAUAUAUAUGCACUAUAGAAUUUAAAUGGUUUCAUCAACUAUUUUGUUGCUGCAAGGCUAGCAAAAUUACCUUUACAGUGUUGCUGUCCUGUGGGCAUGAACAAUAAAUUUCAAUUUGCGUAUUUUGAACAA